AUGGACACAGGCCCAAGAGACCCGUUCGUCAGUCAUUCCAGUUGGUCCGUGAGCAUACCGGGCACUGCGCAAUAUGUCUUCGCUCAGGCACACAAGGCUGGCAACCAAAGUGUCUCGGUGCUGAGUGCUGCACGAGAUGAAAUCGACUUCGCGGAUUCCACACUGCUCUAUCCUGUUGGGGUUGCUGCGCUUUCGGUCCUAGUACUGCUGGUGCAGCUAGCCUUCCAUCUUCGAACCCAGCGAAACGCGUACACGAAACCUGCUGAGUCAGAGCCUUCACCAUUAGCUGAGCCUCUCCAUGCACCAGAGGAGAGCGAGAAUGCGUCUGCGCUCGCAAAAUACAUCAAGGAGCAUGGAGGCGCCGUCAUAAUCGCGUUCAACCUUGUACGAUCUGGUUCAACUCUGGCUUUACUAGGCAUGUCCAUGUACAGCGCAACCAAAGCUCUCGGACACACGGCGACUCUGGAGCCCCAGAACUCCCAGAUCGUUAUCCACGUCAGUACCUGUAUAACCUACUUGUACGCGUCAGCCCUCAGCAUCGCCUCGGUGCUUGCCGGUCCGAUUCUCAGCACAAUUGUCGUUCGCCACCUGAACUGUAUCCUGGUCUUGGAGUGGGCGGCUUACGCGUACCGCGACCUCUGGCCCUUGGCAACAUUCACGCUCGAGCCCAUAGAUCUCGAUGAGGGUGCGCUGCUCUGGACCAGAUUAGCCCUGCUGACUCUCAGUGCUGUCUUCGUUCCUCUCCUAAUCCCUCGGCUGUACAUUCCCUUCGAUCCGGAGAACCCAUGGCCCGACCCGCACCCGGAGCAAACCAGUUCCAUCUUGUCAUUCUGGCUGUUCACUUGGCUGAAUCCGACAAUAAGGCUCGCGUCGGGCGUCGAGCAUCUCACGAUCGACAUGCUGCCCCCUCUGGCCGACUACGAUGAAGCGCACAACCUGAUGAAAAGCAGCGCCAAUGAACUCGAUCCUUUCAGAGUCAAGACGAAGGGAAGGCAUCUCAUGUGGGGUCUUCUGCGUGUUUUUCGAGCGGACUGGAUCAUCCUGACCAUCCUGACCACUGUGGACACCACUACGGAGUUCAUCGGUCCGCUCGCUAUCCGGUACAUCCUGAUGUACCUCGAGACGGAGGGCGUGGGUGCUACCGUGCGGCCCUGGUUCUGGAUCGCGACACUGUUCUUCGGACCGCUCUUCGACUACAUUUUAAUGGCCGCUCUCCUAUUCCUCUCCACGAGAUUGCUGACCCGCGUCGAGGCGAUCAUCACGCAGCUUGUGUUCGAGCACGCCCUGCGCAUGCGCAUAAAGGCGGAUGCCUCUGACGAACCUGCCAAGAGCGAGGGCGACACGACCGUCGCCGGCACACCCGAUACGGCAUACGUCGCGGGUUCAAGCGCGACCACUGCCCAGGAGAAUGGCAACGACAAUGACAGCGACUCAUCAGCAGGCAAGGGCAAGCAGAAGUCCACUACGACUGCGCAGACGGCGAAGCCAAAGGACGACGAGAAGAAGGGCAAGAACGUCGUCGGCAAGAUCAAUAACUUGAUCUCGUCCGACCUUGCCUCUCUCGGAAACGGCAGGAAUUUCGUGAUGAUCUUGGUCAAGCUGCCGGUCGAGAUCAUUUGCUGUGUCUGGUUCUUGUACGCCGUCUUGGGCUGGAGUGCGUUCGUCGGUCUCGCUUCCAUCAUCAUACUGUUCCCCGUCCCUGGUUUGAUUGGCACGAUGAUUCGCAAGAUCCAGGUCGCCAAGAUGAAGAAGACCGAUGCUCGCGUACAGACUGCGACCGAAACUAUGAACGUCAUCCGCAUGAUAAAGCUGUUCGGCUGGGAGCCCAGGGUUACCGAGCAACUGGCUGAAAAGCGCGAGGAAGAGCUGGAGCUCGUGAAGAAGGACAAGCUGCUGGACCUUAUCAAUGGUAACCUGAAUCACGUCAUUCCUUUGGUGACCAUGAUAGCGACCUAUGCGACAUACACCAUGGUCAUGAAACGAGAGCUCACUGCCUCUGCCGUCUUCUCGUCUAUCACCGUAUUCGACACUUUCAGCAACCUGAUGCACAUGGUUCUCGGCUUCGUGCCUGAGCUGAUCCGAGCCAAGGUAUCGUUGGACCGAGUGAAUGAGUUCUUGCAGAAGACAGAGCUCCUCGAUGAGUACUCGGAGCAGCCUGGCGAGAUCCAGACUCAGAUCGGCGCGCAGCCCGAGGAAGACGUGAUCGGUUUCCGCAACACUUCUUUCACAUGGGCAAACACAGCCAGUGGUUCGGCUGCAUCGACUCCUGGAAGUGGGCGAAGUAACUUCGCCUUGCGCAUCGACGGCGACCUGAUCUUCAAGAAAGGAGGCAUCAACCUCGUCAUCGGCCCUACUGGCUCGGGAAAGAGCUCGUUGUUGAUGGCGUUGUUGGGCGAGAUGCACUACAUACCGGCGGGUCCUGAUUCGUUCUUCAAUCUUCCCCGUAGCGGAGGUAUCGCCUAUGCUGCGCAGGAGUCGUGGGUACAGAAUGAGACUAUCAGGGACAACAUCCUCUUCGGGGCACCAUACAAUGAGGAACGCUACCAGAAAGUCCUCGAACAGUGCGCUCUCAAACGCGAUCUCGAGCUGUUCGCUGCGGGUGAUGAGACGGAGGUGGGCGAAAGGGGUAUUACACUCAGUGGCGGUCAGAAGGCACGCAUCACGCUUGCCCGUGCUAUAUACUCGCGGGCGCAGACACUGUUGUUGGAUGAUGUACUCGCCGCGCUAGACGUCCACACAUCACGAUGGAUCGUCGAGAAGUGCUUCAAAGGCGACCUUGUACGUGGCCGAACGGUGCUACUCGUUACGCACAAUGUUUCGAUGGCCAGCCCAAUUGCCGACUACGUUGUCGCUCUCGGCACAGAUGGCAGAAUAUCCAGUCAAGGAUCCAUAGCCAACGCGCUAGAGCGUGACAGGAAGCUGGCCGCUGAAGUAGCCAAGGAAGAGGCCGAGAUAGAGAAAGCAGAAGCUACCGUUGACGAGCAAGCUCCGGAAGAGGUUCCGAAGGAGGAUGGCAAACUUGUCGUCGAAGAAGAGGUCGCAGUCGGGCAUGUCGGUUGGCAAGCGAUGCGGCUUCUCUUCGGCGCGCUCGGAGGGAACCACCAAGUCUUUUUCUGGUUCAGCUUUAUCGGCGGUCUCAUGCUGUACAUGGUCUUCAACAUCCUUGAGACCUGGUUCCUGGGCUUUUGGGCGAGGCAAUACGAAGAAGUGCCCGCGUCUGAAGUCAAUGUUCCAUACUUCCUGGGUGUAUACGGGUUGAUCAUGAUCAUAUCGACCCUGUUUUACGUGGCGGCCUUCUAUGUCUACAUGUUCGGGACGCUGAGAGCAUCGAGAGUCAUUCACAACGAGCUAAUGCGUUCGAUUCUGGCUACAACAUUGCGGUGGCUUGACAAAACACCUACAUCUCGGAUUAUUGCUCGAUGCACGCAAGACAUUCAAGAAGUUGACGGUCCCGUUGCGAGAUUGUUCAGUGUCCUUACAGAGAUGUCGCUCGAGAUGCUCAUGAAGCUUGUUGUCGUGGCGGUGAUAUCGCCCAUCUUCCUUAUCCCCGGUGUGUUCAUUGCCGCUGUCGGUGGUUGGAUCGGCGAGGUCUACAUGAAGGCCCAACUCGCGGUCAAACGUGAAAGAAGUAAUGCAAAGGCCCCAGUGCUCGGCCACUUCGGGGCCGCGUUUGCGGGUCUCACCUCUAUCCGCGCCUACGGUGCACAGGAAGCGUUCAAGAAGGAGUCAUACGUACGCAUCAACCGAUAUACUCGUGCUACAAGAGCUUUCUGGGGUCUCAAUGGCUGGGUAACUAUCCGUAUUACCACCCUGGGAUCCGCCUUUUCUGCCGCUUUGGCGGCCUACUUGGUGUACGGGAAGUCAAUCACCGCGUCCAAUACCGGUUUCUCCCUGAACAUGGCAGUCGGGUUUAGCAGCAUGAUUCUUUGGUGGGUGGCUAUUUUCAAUGAGUUGGAGGUGUCAGGCAACAGCAUCGAGCGUAUCAAACAAUACAUGGAGAUCGAGCACGAACCCAAAGCUACGCCAGAAGGUAUUCCGCCCGCAUACUGGCCGGCGAGCGGAGACCUCAAAGUCGAGAAGCUCUCCGCUCGAUACUCUCCAGACGGGCCUCGCGUACUGCACGAGAUCUCGUUUGAGGUGAGGUCAGGAGAGCGCGUUGGCAUCGUCGGUCGCACCGGUAGUGGAAAGAGCUCUUUGACUCUGGCUCUCUUACGGUGUAUUAUCACCGAAGGCAAAGUGUAUUAUGAUGGUCUACCGACAGACAACAUUAACCUGGACGCUCUCCGCUCGAAUAUUACGAUCAUUCCGCAAGUGCCCGAGCUCUUGAGCGGGACGUUGCGUCAAAACUUAGAUCCCUUCCAGCAGUAUGACGAUGCCAUGUUGAACGAUGCCCUUCGGUCUGCCGGCCUGUUCUCGUUGCAGAGCGAUAUGACCGAGGGUCUCAUCACCCUCGACACGCCCAUCGCAAGCGGUGGAACGAAUCUCUCCGUUGGGCAACGUCAGAUCUUGGCCCUUGCAAGAGCCAUCGUGCGGCAGAGCAAGCUGCUGAUUCUGGAUGAAGCUACGUCUGCCAUCGACUAUGCAACAGAUGCUGUGAUACAGUCAUCGCUCCGCCAAGAGCUGGACACAGGCGUAACCCUGCUCAUCGUCGCUCAUCGCCUGCAGACCAUCAUGGACGCCGACAAAAUCAUGGUGCUCGACGCUGGCAAUAUCGCUGAAUUCGGCAAGCCCAGCGAGCUUCUGAAAAAUGAACAGGGUAUGCUCCGUGCGCUCGUCGACGAGAGCGGCGACAAGGAGAUGUUGUAUGCCAUGGCUAGUGAUGCCACAGGUUCUCACUGA